AUGGACCCAGUAGACUCUUGUGACUCUGCAGCUACACCUUCAAUCAACCUAUCCGGUCCAGAAGGGGCGAAGUCCCCUGGCAACGAAGGCAGCAUUGCGAGGGAUGAUUCCAGCGAUGUGUUGGCUAUGGAGCUAAGAAAUCCCUCCGAUGCUCUGCAUAUUCUGGCCCUUUCGGGGGAUCAGCCUCGAACGCGCCGCUCGACGACAAGCCCUAGCGGCGCAACAGAUCCUGUGAUGCAAGGCAGUAUGGAGACAACCUCAUGUCAACCACGUGGGACUCAACAUCAUGCUCAGUCUACAGCCACUAUUUUCGAUGAUUAUGAACUGGUCCAAAGAGGUCUACUAAGGCCAAGCCUCGUCUCCGAGCUACUACUUAUAUAUGCCCGCUACUACCACCCGUACUGUCCGAUCGUGCCUUCAUAUAUGCUGCACGCUUCACGGACAGCAAAGAUUCAGAAAUCAGACUACUUUCUACUCACUGCCAUUCUCACCAUAGCGUCAAGAGACGACCCUCAUCAUUCGCUGACUCACCGUUACUGCUGGGACCAUACGCAAUGUCUCUUGGUCGACGUCCUUCUCGCUCAUCCAUGGACCCAGACGCCGAGGACGGUAGAGGGCCUACUAAUUUUAGCCGAAUGGCUACCUCACAUUCAAAUACAGGAAACAAAGUCUGAAGCACCAAAAAAUCUGUUCAGUGAGGACCGAACAGCUUGGUCCCUCGUUGGGCUCGCUGUGCGACAUGGAUAUCUUCAGUGCCUUGACCAAACUGCCUUUCCAAAUAACAGUAGCAGUGAGUCGAAAGAGCGAGCAGACCAAAACAGGCUUGUAUGGGCAUAUAUCUUCAUGGCAGACAGGCAGGUAUCAGUCCGACUUGGGCAGUCCUUCUGGUCCCGAGGCCCCUCGCUCGCAGCCAAAUUCACAGCCCAGGAUUUUCCAACACUCAAACCGCGCCCGGGGAACAAUGAUGAGGAUUACGCAUCCGUUCUUCAAGCGUCCAUGGAGCUAGUCCAGAUUCUACACAAUGCUCAUGCAAUCCUCUACUCAUCCAAGGAACGAACAUUAGCAAUGGUCUACGAAGGUCAUUAUGCGCGGUAUUUGGACGACUUUCGCAUCGCUGCGACAGCGUGGCACUCGAAUUGGUCUGGCUUGCGGGUGUCUUCGAGUCUCAAGAGCACGCUGCUCAUCAUGUUCGAGUAUACUUCACUCUAUACGAACGCAUUUUCUUUCCAAGCCGUCCUGACACGGGUGUCAGACCCGCGUAAGUCGAAAGCCCAGCGGCAGCCAAGCAAACGUUCAUUCGCAGGACUGUUUUCGAACGGGAUCAUGGCGUCUCCCGACGGACGGUACAUCUUUGAUGCCAUCAGCGCAGCUAUGAAUCUUCUCGCUCUCAUUAACGGUCUAGACCCGUCUCGGGUUGUACGUUACCUCCCAUCGCGUUACUACUUAUAUGGUGUCUACGCCGCCGUCCUCCUCCACAAAGCCGACUGCGCCGGCGCAUUCCAAUCACCCGACCAGCGCCAAGAGAUCUCCAGCCUCGCGCGCGAAUUUGUCUCCUGCCUUGAAAAGACCCCCUCAACCGAAGUACACAUCUGCCGUAGCUACAGCCGGAUGCUAAAACAGCUAUGGACUACCCGAGAGCGGAAGACAAACUUGGCCUCGACACACACGCCUACAGGCACAAUCAUGGACCGGGAUCAUCUUCAGCGGUCAAUCGCUCAGAAUCCCGAGCAGCCAAACCCAUCGGAGAACUUUACCCCGUCCCGCUUUUUCGACUCUUUACCCGAGGAAGAUGAGACUGCGGAAUUUCCGUAUAUCGAGGAAUACCUGCUCGGAUCAUUCAUGCCUGGCGUGGCACACUUCAGUACCUCUGGGUUUGAGGAGGGCCUUGCGCAUCAGUAUCCGCUUGGUGAAGGUUUUCAGGAUUGGGGGCUCCAGGAUAGGACGAAUCCUCAUGGUCCUUUGUAG